GCAAGCUUCCUGAUGACGGUAUUUCCGUUCUGUAUUUUCUUUUUUUUUUUGUAAACACAAGAAUGCAACACGAAAAAUCACAUUAUUGUUACGGUUAAAAUCUAAGUCACCGGUUGUUUUACCAGUCACCGUACAACUCAGCACUGGGCGAGUGAGCGACGUCGCUUCUCCCGUCGAUUUUCCUUUUAGCUCUUCACGGAAUGUCAACAAACUACCAGCUAACAGCUAGCUAAGCCAACGCCAAGCCAAAUCGUUCAGACUGCAGUGAGUUAGCUUAGCUCCAGUUGACACUCGCUAAGUGUCGGUGCCAGCCUCAGAAACAAGUCGAGCCUCUCAUGGUGGUCUCAGUUCAAUGGGGAACUGUCUGUUUUCGCAAGGGGCGGAUGACCUGUCGCUGCUGAACGAGUCCGAGGGGGGCAGUCUGCCCGGAGAGCCUCCGCCGCCCUACCAGGAGCGCACCCGACCAGUGCCAGUGUACCAUCCCACCCCAGGUGAGAGUCGUCUGGCCAGCCAGUUGACUGAGGAGGAGCAGGUUCGCAUUGCCCAGCGUAUCGGUCUCAUUCAGCACCUGCCCAGAGGCAUCUUUGACCCAGGCUCCGACCCCUCUGACAAAAAAGUUAAAGAGUGUGUGAUCUGCAUGAUGGAUUUUGAGUAUGGCGAUCCCAUUCGGUUCUUGCCCUGCCUUCACAUCUACCACGUGGAUUGCAUUGACCCAUGGCUGAUGCGCUCCUUCACCUGCCCCUCCUGCAUGGAGCCGGUAGAUGCAGCCCUGCUGUCCACUUACGAAACCAUCUGAGCAGCCCCAGGUGGCUGCUCCUGCCUAAAAGUAACCGCACCUUUUUAGCCAAAACUGUCCUAGCUGUUCAGACAGGUAGCCGAGCUGAUGUGGCAUUAUGCAGAUUUUUGGAAGGUGUUUUAGGAUGCAGUCAGAUGUGGAAAACUGUGCCCUACAGUACAUCGCUUAGGUCUGACUCGUUGCUGUUAAUAGUAGGACAAUGUGCCAAAUCAAGCUAGAUGAAGAAUAUGGAGAGCUGUACAAGUAGCAAAAUAUUACUGCAAAGUAAUUUCACUUUUUUAUGACUGACAGUCAAAUUUAAUUUGUGAUUUUUUUUUUUAUGGUGAUUAAAUGCAUGUCAUCAAUGUCAUUUACUUCACCUUUCAAGACAUAAUGUGCAAUAUGUUAUAUCAAAUGAGAAAAUGCAGGAACUGAAGUGAAAACAUGAAGUGAAAGUUCUGUGGUUUUCAGAAGAACCCAUGGCCUUGAAUGUCACAUAAACCCAGGCCUCCCCGCUGAAAUGCAGUCAUUAAAUCACAGAAAAAUAAUUCAAGUUUUCUGAGCAAAGAUAUGUGAAGAGGUCGCAUCAUAAUUCAUGAGAAUCAUUAUUUCAGCUUUUGGAGAUAUCUGAAGAUUGGUUCUAUUUUAUUUGACUAGGUUUUGUUGUCUGUACUGUUUUUUAUUUGAAGCUGCUUUUAUGAAUAUGGAUUGCGUUUUUUUGCCUUUCCACAAUAUGGAUCCUGUCCUUUGCUUUGCCUCGGGUUUGUGCUAUUUGUUUUGUUUUGAAAAACCAGUCCUUAGUGGUCCCUUUUCAUUGUUUACUGUCAGUGACAUUUACAAAGACAAGAUAUGCUGUGCAGUCCCUCUUAAAGCACCUUGGGAUACCCCUCAUCUGGCACUAUGUAGCUUAGAGAUUUCAUAGAUGAUUGUAUGUUUUGAUAUGUGUGUGUAUGUGUGUGUGUGUGUGUGUGUGUUCUGAGGGGAUGGUUAGCGGAGAUUGGCAUGUUGAAGUAGCUAACGUUGUGAAUUAACCCCGUCAGUUGUAAACCCUGUUGUAUUUACCGCUCUUUUUCUAGUGUGAAGCUGUUGGAUUUUGUUUUGUGUUGAUGGCUUUCCUACAGCAAGUGAUGCAUUUCCAGAGCUCCUGGGUCUGGUCCAACAAAAUUCUUAUAUCUUUUGGUACUGACCGCAUAAUGUAUAGCACAAACAAGUAAAAAUGUGACAGAGAAGCCACAGCAGUAGAAAGAAAUGUAUCUUGAAUGUAAAGAAUUAUUUCAGCUUUUAAGGAUUUGGACAGUGUAAGUGAAAAUAAGAGGACAUUUCUGAUUCACUCAGGCUGCUGUGCCUUUUACGAUUGAGGUAAGUCACUUCCAGUGAAGUACAAUCAUUUCUGACAUGACUUUUGCUUUUUUUCAGUCAUCCUCUAGGGAGAGACAGAUACCAGCACUGUACUGAUUUUUGUCACUGUCAAACAGGCCUAGGAUGAAGCCAGAAGUUUGCUCUGGCUGCUGUUAAGUCAUUUUGUGUUUUAAUUUAUAAUGUGUGUGCCGCCAGUGCACAGGUUUUAGGAAAAUCAUGAAAACACAAUAAAAGUGGAAUACCAAAUUUUACACGGGUGUGCUGUUUCUUACAUAUGUAUUAAAGCGGAAGAGGUCACUGUGGCGAACAAGCAUGGUUUCUUUUUAUUUGGCUAAAUCAUAGGUCCUUUUUAACUUAUAUGAACACUAGCAUUAAUUGAUUGUGACAGGACGUAAUCACACAACAGCUGGAACACUGCUUAGUGACUCCAGUUACCAAAUUUGUUCAAUUAAAUGGCUGUGACUCCCAUUCCUAACAACUUAUUUGUACCAACUCGCUGUACGAGGGGAAACAUGCGAUAUGGACAGACCGUUUCAUUUAUAGAGCAGUUUUGAAUGUGGUGUUGUAGUUGAA